CAUCACGCAUCACUCAGUCGCUCGCUCCCUCGCUUCGAUCCACCGGCGGCGGCUGAGGUGCUGAGCGGCGAGGCAGCGAGCGCCACUGCGACCUGCGUGCUGCUGUGCUCCUGCGCGGCUGCGCGCCGGUGGACGACCGGGCCGUCGGCGUGGUUCCGGCUCUCCGCGCCUGCGCGGCUGCGUCGCGACGAGCAGUGCAUCGGCACAGUGGCGGUGCGCCCCCCGCGGCGAGGCGGCUUCACGGACCGCGGUUACCGAGCGCCGUCGCGCCGAACGGGCGCGGGCGGCAGGCCUCCUGCCGGCUGCUGGCGAGCGCUGCUGCCUGCUGCAGGCCAGGGCGAGCGGGCGAGACGCUGAGACCGCGUGGGCCGCGCUUCCCUAAGCCAGAGCAGCCGAGCUCUUCGUCGUUCGUGAUUCGUUGGGCCAUCGCCAGCGACGAGCUGCAACCAGAGGUGAACUGGUGAAGUGAUGGGCACGGCGAUCGUAAGCGACGGGGGCGGUGAGGGAAGCGAUGGAAAGUCGGUUGACGGGUGGCAGGCAGAGAAGGCCGUCGCGGGCAACCGUAGGGCACUCGAGGCCCUUCGGGAGCUCGUGGCUUAUCCUUUCCUCUACGCCCGCGAGUCCCGUUUGCUCGGCCUCAAGUGGCCCAGAGGGUUGCUGCUCCAUGGCCCCCCUGGCACCGGAAAGACAAGCCUGGUUCGAGCUAUUGUUCGAGAAUGCAACGCGCACCUGACAACGAUCAACCCAUAUUCUGUACACAAAGCCCAUGUGGGAGAGGGAGAAAAGUUCCUGCGUGAAGCUUUUUCUGAAGCAUAUUCUCAGGCUUUGCGGGGUAAACCAGCUGUGAUAUUUAUUGACGAACUUGAUGCCAUAUGUCCACGCCGCAAUAGUAGGAGAGAGAAUGAGUCCCGCAUUGUUGGCCAACUUCUUACUCUCAUGGAUGGAAACAAAAAGGCGUCAAAGAUGCUUCCUCACAUAGUUGUUGUUGCAUCGACUAACAGGAUAGAUGCCGUUGAUCCUGCAUUGAGAAGGGCAGGACGUUUUGACUCAGAGGUAGAGGUUGCCGUUCCUACAGUUGAAGAAAGGCUGCUGAUUCUUAAGCUUUAUACCAAAAACCUACAUCUGGAUGAAAAAGUCGAUCUUCAGACUGUUGCUGCGUUCUGCAAUGGCUAUGUUGGAGCUGAUUUAGAAGCAUUGUGUCGAGAAGCUGCCAAGCUUGCAUAUCAUAGAAUGUUAAACUUAUGUGAGGGUGACAAAGUACUUAAACUACUUAUGGAAGACUGGGAAUGUGCUAGAUCUAUGGUGGGACCAAGCAUAACAAGAGGGGUAACCAAAGAAAUUUCAAUUGUUUCGUGGGAUGAUAUAGGAGGCUUGAAAGAUCUAAAGAAAGAGCUUCAGAAAGUUGUUGAAUGGCCCAUCAAGCAUGCUGCUGCAUUUUCUAGACUUGGAAUACCACCAGUCCGGGGGGUGCUGUUGCAUGGCCCACCAGGGUGCUCCAAGACUACUCUUGCCAAGGCUGCAGCGCAUGCUGCCCAAGCUUCUUUCUUUUCUUUGAGUGGUGCAGAUUUAUAUUCCAAGUAUGUUGGAGAAGGGGAAGCUCUGUUGCGUAGAACAUUUCAGAAAGCUCGUCUUGCUUCUCCCAGCAUUAUAUUUUUUGAUGAGGCUGAUGCCAUUGCCCCCAAGAGAACUGGCCCUGGUGGGAAUUCUAGUGGCAAUGCCACAGUCGGAGAAAGACUUUUGUCGACUUUAUUGACCGAAAUGGAUGGUUUAGAACUGGCUACGGGAAUUAUCGUAUUGGGUGCUACGAAUCGCCCAAAUGCAAUUGAUGCUGCUCUUUUGCGUCCAGGGCGUUUCGAUAAGGUGCUGUAUGUCCCGCCACCAGAUGUGGAAGGGCGACACGAGAUACUACGCAUCCAUACACGGAAAAUGAAGUUGGGAGAGGAUGUAGAUCUUUGGAAGGUUGCAGAGUGUACCGAGCUAUUCACCGGUGCUGAUCUUGAAGGCCUUUGCAGGGAAGCUGGAAUGGCAGCAUUGAGGGAAGAUAUCUCAGCAAGUUUGAUACAUGACGCUCACUUCCAAGCCGCACGAAGUUCAUUAAGCCCCUCUCUUACAAAAGCAGUAGUUGAUGAGUACUCAAAGGUAGAUAUAAAUGAUCCAUCGAGUAGGAAACAUUGAUAUGUUCCUUUUCUAUUUCUUUGUUGCACACUAGGCGCAAUACACAUUUGCAACCUUGCCACCAAGACACACAGAUGGAGAUAGAGAGAUCUUUUUAAGAAUAUUCUUUUUAAACCAAUCCUCUUACCGUCA